AUGGACAAACCACUGGGGCCUCGCCAACCACCUCCAGAUAAGCGCCAUGCCGCCUACGAGUCCAUCUUUGGCCGCCCCAAUCCCCCGCCCCAGCCCUAUCCUGCCUAUCCCCCCCACAACGCCCCAUACCCUUAUCCCGACAGGCGCACCUCCUACAAUCCACCGCCCCAGGGUCUCGUCUACCAGCAUGGACAGCAGAGGCAGACUUACUACCCGCAUCAGCAGCAGCAGUCGCUUCCAAUGCAACCCCAGUUUCCGCCAUUUGUUUCGCCCUACCAGCAGUUCCAGCCGUCGCUCGCACCGCCCCCUCAUCAGCCCUUGUCCAGAGGCAGAUCUAUCAAUUCAAACUCAUCGGAGUAUGUAGCAUCCCAUCCAGGCGAUCUUGAGCCUCAGCAAGGCCUCACCCCUGCCCAGGCAUAUCAGGCGCAGAUCUACACAAAUGCUCCCAAUUCUGCCCAGAGCCCCUGGCCCGGUCCCAGCAGGCUCUCUGCUGCACCUUCCACCAGGUCGGCUGCACCAACGCAUGAUUUGCCCCGCAUAGGCAUCAGUCUCGAACACGAUGAUGGUCGUCUCGGCGUGGAUUUCUCAUCUGGCGAGCAAGAUGAUAGUAGCAGUGGCAGUGAGCUUCCGUGGGCGCGCUCAGAGCCUUCAAUACCAAUGCGGCAACAAACUCUAUCUCGCCAGCACCUGCGCCAGCCUUCUGCAUCUGAUCCUGUUCAUCCUGUCAUACCCCUGCAUGUGGAUACAUUUUCUCCCCGUUCUUCCAUUGCCACUGCUUCUCCCUCGCCGGGUUCUGGCGCCGAUCACUCGGUCGUUUCGAGUACGCUUGUGGACCAUAAUUCCAACCGCCGCUCUUCUGAUUCAGCUCGCACAAUGCCCAAGUUCACCAACAAUAACAAUCAACGCCGCGAUCGUACUUCUCAAGAUCGAUCUAUGUCCAUGUCCGCAGUCCGUCCACUCACAGACCCAAAACGUACUUCAGGGAGGACUUCUCCCACAUCUAUUCGUGCACCACCCGUCAGAAAGACGCCCAUCGUAUACCCCGCCCUCCUAUCUCGUGUUGCACAAGCCUUUCGCGACCGUAUACCCAUCACUGAUCGUGUCAAAGAUGGUCUAACCUAUAAAGAUUCGUUUGAUGGCCGCGAAGCAGUUGAUAAAAUUGCGUAUAUCAUCAAAACUACGGACAGAAACUUGGCUCUCCUCCUCGGUCGCGCUCUUGAUGCUCAAAAGUUUUUUCAUGAUGUCACUUACGAUCAUCGCCUACGUGAUAGUGCAAACGAGCUUUAUCAGUUCCAGACCAAAAUGCCUAGCCCGUUUGUCAGUGGUGAACUCCAGAAUGGCCAGGGGACUCAUCCGAAUGCACUCAACAGUGCUCAUUUCGAAAACUCGAACUCUUUCUUUGAGGGAGAUCACGAUUCCCCAUCACCGUCACCCUUGAAUCAAGUCCCGAAAGAUUCCCUCAAUACAGACGAAAUUGCCCUACCUUCAGGAGUUUUCACGCUGCUUACAGACUGUUAUUCCCCAACAUGUUCUCGCGAUCAGUUAUGUUACAGUAUAGCUUGUCCCCGAAGGCUAGAACAGCAAGCGCGACUGAACAUGAAACCACAACCAGGGUUAUCAAAGCAGAUAAGCAAAGAUAGUCUUAAUGAUGUUCCAGAUGCCGGCACAUUGUGGAUUCACUCAGUACCUCAAGAAAUUGUGAACAGCGUUUCAGAUACCGAGAAGAAGCGCCAAGAAGCCAUCAAUGAGGUCAUAUAUACCGAACGGGACUUCGUUCGCGAUCUGGAAUAUUUAAGAGAUGUCUGGAUCAGUAAACUCAAGGAAGAAGACAUUAUUCCAAUGGAUCGCCGCAUGGAGUUUCUUACACGCGUAUUUUGGAAUAUCCAUGACAUCAUUGCGGUCAACACGCGACUGAGGGAUGCUCUCUCAAAGAGACAAAAGCAGUAUGCAGUGGUUGAUCGGAUAGGUGACAUCUUUUUGGACGUUGUGCCGCAUUUCCGGCCUUUUGUUUCGUAUGGUGCUCAUCAACUCUACGGCAAAUACGAAUUUGAGAAGGAGAAAAAUACGAAUCCAGCCUUUGCACAGUUCGUGGAGACGACAGAGCGGCUUCCGGAGUCGCGGAAGUUGGAGUUAAAUGCAUACUUGACCAAGCCUACAACACGACUGGCGCGUUAUCCAUUGCUGCUUGAGGCGGUUCUCAAGCAUACUCCAAAUGACAGCAGUGACAAGAAGGCCCUUCCAGAGGUGAUUUCCAUCGUGCGCGAUUUCUUGGCCAAGGUCAAUACGGAGACAGGCAAAGCCGAGAAUAGGUUCAACUUGUUACAGCUAGAUCAGCAACUGGUGUUCAGGCCUGGAGAGGAGGUGGAUCUAAGAUUGCGCGAAGAGGGUCGAGAAAUGGUGUAUAAAGGGGGGCUGAACAAACGGGAUGGAGAAAUACAGGUUUAUCUGUUUGACCACGCACUGUUGUUCACGAAGCAGAUCAAGACAAAACAGCAUGAACAGUACAAGGUCUACAGACGGCCAAUACCAUUAGAGUUACUUCUAAUUACAGCCGCACCUAUCGAAGAGAACACCGCGACGGUUCGGUCGCAGCAACGCAAGACGCAGGCUCUCGUACGUAAAUCCUCCUUCGACAAAGGCCGGGGCGUGCCAGGUGUUGUUUCCGCUGUGGCGAUCAAGGGCGAGAAGGGUCAGCACUGGAUUAACUUCAUCCACCUAGGGAGGAAAUUUUAUAAUCUCAUGCUGUGGUCGUCGUCGCCGGUCACUCAUCGAAAGUGGUUAGAAGUCAUCUAUAAGCAGCAGCAAAUCAUGAAAGAGAGAAGUGUCAUUUUUGAUACGGUAACUCUCAGUGAGGGUUUCUUCUCAGGGCCUAACAAAGUGAACUGUGCUGCUCCUUACAGCGGUGGACGAAGGGUUGUCUAUGGUACCGACGAUGGCGUUUAUUUGUCUGAUCUGAGGGAACCGAAUCAAGAACCUGUAAAGGUGUUGGCCCUACUUGACGUCCUCCAGGUUGAUGUGCUAGAGGAUUAUCAACUUCUUAUAGUGCUUUCUGAACGGCAGGUCAUCACGUUCCCACUGGAGGCAUUGGAUCCAUUAGACCCCAUGGCAGGCCUGAAGCGUGCAAAACGGAUAUCAUCGCACACUUCUUUCUUUAAAGCUGGCUUUUGCUUGAACAGAGUACUGGUUUGCAUUGUCAAAUCCAGUCAGCUAUCGAGCACUUUCAAAACAUUGGAACCUAUUGAUCAGAACAUUCGUGGGAGGGCAAAGCCAACGUUCAAGAAAUUGUUGCAAGGUGGCAAUGACACUCUCAAACCGUUCCGAGAGUUCUAUAUCCCGGUUGAAUCGACAUCUAUACAUUAUCUGAAGACGAAGAUGUGUGUGGGCUGUUCCAGAGGUUUUGAGAUCGUCGAUCUGGAGAGUUUGGAUACUCAAGGUCUACUUGAUCCCAACGACGAGAUGCUAGAAUUCGUGAGGAAGAAGGAAAACUUGCGACCGAUGGCUAUUUACCGAAUACACAACGAUUUUUUGCUAUGUUACGAUGAAUUUGCUUUUUACGUUAAUAAGAGCGGCCGUCGAUCGCGGAAAGACUUCAUGGUUCAUUGGGAAGGCACGCCAACUGGAUUUGCGCUUCAUGAACCAUAUGUGCUGGCGUUUGAACCAACCUUUGUGGAGGUUCGACACAUUGACACUGGGCUGAUGUCUCAAGUGAUUCAAGGUUCGAAUCUUCGACUACUGUUUGCGGAUACGCCCCCGUCAGUGACAAAUUCUUCGACGCUGCUCAACCAGCAAAAUAUGAUAUACAACAACCCCUAUGGACAGUAUCCUGGACAUCCACAUCAUCCAUAUCCUGACCAGUACCCACGUCACCCACAGGGCGUGGGGAGAGAUGAAAUUUUGAUAGUGUCGGACGACCGAGUCCUUGCUCUACGCCCGCGAGGCGGAGCUGUAGGAACGACUCAGAACCAGCGGUACAUGCCAGACAAUCUGUCGAUGUCUUCGAUACCUCGAUGA